CGCCAACAAAAGUUUGAGGUUAUGUGAAAUAUUUUCCAGAAUUUCCAGAACUAGUUCGAAUUUUGACUUUGAAAUUUCCUAAUUUUGAUAAUUAUACAAUAAUGCUCUUUUAACUUACAAAUUAUUAUAAUGAGUUUUCUAAAGCUUGCUAGAAACCCACGCUUGACUAAUUCUGCUAGAACAUUGCUGCGUUAUUCCAGAGAAUUCACACAAUGCAGGAAUUUGGAUACUUUAGGAUUGAAUCGAGUGAAAAGUUCUUUAUUAAGACGUCCAAACAAUAGUUUUUAUGAUAAAAGUGUCUCGUUAGUUUCUGCAAGGUAUUUUACUUCAAAAACCCCGGAUGGAACUGAUGAUGUACCUCCAGAAGAAGAACCGUACAAUCCUCAAUUGCCUGCCACAGUAGCUGUUCCAGAGGUUUGGCCCCACGUUCCAGUCAUUGCCAUAAGUAAAAACAUAGUUUUUCCAAGAUUCAUCAAACUUAUAGAAAUCGCCAAUCCCCAAUUAAUUGAGUUAAUUAGAAGAAAAGUCAAGUUAAAUCAGCCUUACUGUGGUAUAUUUUUAAAGAAAAAUGAAGAAAAUGAAUCAGAAUUGGUCAAUAAUCUUGAAGAUGUCUACAAAGUUGGAGUGUUUGCUCAAAUUCACGAACUGCAAGAUUUGGGAGAUAGAUUAAGAUUAGUCGUAAUGGCACAUAGGAGGAUUAAAAUUACCGGUCAAAUUUUUGAUACUGCCACUGAAGAACCCAAAGAAGAAGACACCAGGGGUCGUAGAAAAAGCCGAGCCAGUAGGAUCAAGAAAAUACACCCAGAAAUUAGAAAUGUCGAAGAAAAAACACAAACACAAAAAAUUACUCAGGAAACUGGAGAGUUGCCUAAAGAAGGAGCUACAACUGCAACUGCACCACCACCACCAGGAGCUGAACCUUUGCUCAUGGCUGAAGUAGAAAAUGUUGUACAUAAUAAAUUUAGACAAACAGAAGAAGUAAAAGCAUUGACUCAAGAAGUUAUAAAAACUAUAAGAGAUAUCAUCAGUUUAAACCCCUUGUAUAGAGAUAGUCUACAACAAAUGAUGCAUCAAGGACAAAGAGUUGUUGACAACCCUGUUUAUCUCUCAGAUUUAGGAGCUGCAUUAACUGCUGCUGAAAGCAAAGAGUUGCAAGAAGUCCUAGAAGAAAUGGAUAUUCCAAAAAGACUAAUGUUGUCUCUUUCUCUCCUAAAAAAAGAAUAUGAACUUUCGAAACUGCAACAAAAAAUCGGCAGAGAAGUAGAAGAAAAAGUAAAGCAACAUCACAGAAAAUACAUUUUACAAGAGCAGCUUAAAGUGAUUAAAAAAGAAUUAGGCCUAGAAAAAGACGAUAAAGACGCUAUAGGCGACAAAUUCAAAGAAAGAAUAAAAGAUAAAAUACUACCUCAAGCAGUCAGUGCAGUCAUAGAUGAAGAACUAAACAAAUUAGGUUUCCUGGAAAGCCAUAGUUCAGAAUUUAACGUUACCAGAAACUAUUUAGAUUGGCUAACAUCACUUCCUUGGGGAGUCCAAAGCGAAGAAAACUUAAACUUGCAAAGAGCCUCAGAAAUUCUAGAUCAAGACCAUUACGGUAUGGAAGAUAUAAAAAGAAGAAUUUUAGAAUUCAUAGCUGUUAGCCAGCUCAAAGGUAGCACCCAGGGGAAAAUUUUGUGCUUCCACGGACCACCUGGGGUGGGAAAAACAAGUAUAGCUAGGUCAAUUGCCAGAGCCCUGAACAGGGAGUAUUUUAGAUUUUCAGUGGGAGGCAUGACAGAUGUUGCUGAAAUCAAAGGCCACCGACGUACUUAUGUGGGUGCGAUGCCUGGCAAAGUAAUUCAAUGUUUUAAGAAAACUAGAACUGAAAAUCCUUUGGUUUUGAUUGAUGAAGUGGAUAAAAUUGGAAAGGGUUAUUCAGGAGAUCCUAGUUCAGCUCUUUUGGAACUAUUAGAUCCAGAACAAAAUGCCAACUUUUUAGACCAUUACUUGGAUGUGCCAGUGGAUUUGUCAAAAGUCUUAUUUAUUUGCACUGCCAAUGUAGUUGACACUAUUCCAGAACCUUUAAGGGAUCGUAUGGAAAUGAUUGACAUGUCUGGCUAUGUGGCAGAAGAAAAAUUGGCCAUUGCCAAGCAAUAUUUAUUGCCGCAAGCUAUGAGAGAUAGUGGUUUAAAAGAUGACCACAUCAAAGUGGAAGAUGAGGCUUUAAAGAUUCUUAUUAGGAGCUAUUGUAGGGAGAGUGGAGUUAGGAAUUUGCAGAAACAUAUAGAGAAAGUAGUGAGAAAAGUGGCGUAUAAAGUAGUAAAAGAUGAAACUCAAUUUAUUGAUGUGGGUUCUAAUAAUUUACAAGAGUUUGUUGGUAAACCUGUAUUUACUCAUGAUAGGAUGUAUCCAACUACUCCUCCAGGGGUUGUUAUGGGUUUAGCAUGGACUGCUAUGGGUGGCUCUACAUUAUACAUAGAAACAACAACAAGAAGGCUACCUUCAACUGAAAAAGAUUCUGAAGGUAGUAUGGAGUUGACUGGGCAUUUGGGGGAUGUAAUGAAGGAGUCUGCAAAAAUUGCCUUGACAGUGGCUAGAAAUUUUUUGUCAUUAAAUGAUCCAAAUAAUAAAUUUCUGCUGAAUAGUCAUCUCCAUCUGCACGUUCCUGAAGGAGCAACACCCAAAGACGGUCCUAGUGCAGGUUGUACAAUAGUAACUGCCCUUUUGUCAUUGGCCAAAAACAAACCAACCAGACAAGAUUUGGCCAUGACAGGAGAAAUUUCUUUGAUGGGAAAAGUUUUACCUGUGGGAGGGAUUAAAGAAAAAACGAUAGCGGCUAAAAGAUCAGGUGUAAAAUGCAUAAUACUACCUGAAGAGAAUAAAAAGGAUUUCAAUGAUCUGCCCACAUUUAUAACGGAAGGGCUCGAAGUGCAUUUUGUCAGUCACGUGGAGGAAGUCUAUAGAAUAGCUUUCCAAGAAUAAAUUUAAUUAUAGAAUUUCAACACUGUCUGAAUAAUUAUUGGUUAUUGUGGGUCAAGGCCGGACAGACAUCAACUCGGACCUGUCACAUUGUUAUUACAUAAAGACUGUUCCUGAAUUAUUACGAAUAAAAAAGGAUUUUUAUUACAUUUUUUUUAUUCUCGCGUUUUGUACAUAAUUUGUUAAAAGAGAACCAAAUAAAAUUUGAUUUUUUUUAAAAAAACAUUGUCUAAUUUGAAUUUACACCAAAAUUAAACUAUAGAAUAUUCAUGAAGAAGAAAACUUAAAAAAAUAUAUUUAUAAAACACCAAAAUAUAUAUACCUACAAAUGUAACAAUAAACUAAAGCUUCGUGUAUCCAAAAUCAAUUCUUUUAGAUAUGCUAUAUAAAACUAUUGCAAUACAUAUAUAAUUACUUAACUCCUAAUAUCUAAAUAAAAACAAAUCAUUUUUUUUUUUUUCAAAUUUAAACACAAUGUGCCAGAAAUAUAAUUUUUCUACUAGCGUGCAGAAAAUGGCACUUUUGAGCACACUUAUUUACAUAGAAAGAUGUAUAUAAAUACCAAAUAACUUGUUAUUUCUGAAUAGUUGUAAUCUAUUUAAUAAAUUCUAUUUUCGUUUUGUUUUCCUUACGCUCGUGAAAAAAAAAAAUCCCCAACUUACAUGGAAAGUGUUUUUCCCAGGUAUCCUGAAAAAAUAGCUAGAUAUUUAUGAGUUUAAGGCAAUUUAAAUACAUACAAUUAUAGUUAAUAUAAACUAGCUAUUCUACAGAGUAAUUACAUAAUAAUUAAUCUCAAUAAUGUAUUUUACUUGGCAUAACCAAACCUUACAUCUAAAAAAAAAUAAAGCUUAUCACUAUCGUUCGCACAGCCAGUUUUUCACCAAAACUAUUUUUUGAUUAACGGUUCGUCGUCCUAUGAAUUCAUUAAAAAGAUGAAUUUAUCCGCCCAAUAUAGAGAGAGCGUAAAAAAAAAACAGUUUUGAUUUUAAUAUCGUACUUAGUGCGGUCCUACACCAAUGAAACAUCAAACAUGCGACAUGAAGUAAAUACCGCAGAUAAACUUCUGCUGCAUAAAAACGUAAAAUGCAGCGUGUAAGUACUGCAUGAUUGAUAUUUCAUUGGUGUACGACCGCACUUACUUUCAAAUAAACGUAAAAUAAAAAUUAUAUUUUUAACUGCAAGAGGCCAGCUCCGUUCAUCACCUAUUAGUUACGAUUUUUAUCACAAUAUGAACACAAUAUUUUUGUAACCCUUCUUAUUGUUUUUUUUUUUUUCAGAUUGGGAAAGUAAUGAUAAAUGAAAACCAUAAAUAUUGGAUUAUGUACAAAUAAUUUAUAUGCUAGACUAGUAUAUGGGAUUCUAAUGAAAUAAAUGGAAGGAAGUUUUUUUUUUUUUACCUGUUUUCAAGUGUUAUUUGUACAAAUAUAAAACUGCCUUUCAAAUAUUUAAACAUUUAAAAGGCAAGAAUAAAUAAUUAGCCAGUAAUACAAGAGCCAAGUAAAAUACUUUCUACUUUAUAUUAUAAUAUAUGCAUGAAAAAAAUAACAGCAAAUGCAAAUUCCAAAAGAAAUUGUUACUCUAAAUACAAGAAUUACAUUUGCUGUAACAAUUACAGAGUUGGACAAAAAAAGCAAUAUAAUUUAUAUGUAACUUGUAGAAAGAUUUUUGUUGUACUAUCACACAUAACCAAAGUUUACAGAAUACACCUCCUCCUUUCCCCUACUUUCAUAUUCUAUAAACUUAAUACUCAACUCACUAAAACUUACUUACAAGGAGCGUACAAAAAUAUGGAUAUUACUAUUAUUAAUAUGGCUCAAACAAGGCAACAUUUCAAUUUUUUCUUGUAGGAACUUAACAGUAAUAAACGGAGGUAAAUAACAAAACCCAGCAGAAUUUUUUUUUCCCUGUUUCACUACACAUGACUAGUUGUAGACACACGCUUCCUAAGAGAGAUUCAAUCAAUUUUUCUCCAAUCCUCAGUCUAUAGGUCAUCAAUAAAGCUAGAGGACAAAGCCGUGUUAGCACUGAUGCCAGCUUUUAGCUUAUCUAAAACUUUGUUGACGUAUUCUGUGGUAUGGCCUGCAACUUUACCUUCUAAAAAAAGCAAAAUAGAUUGAUUAUUUUUAAUAAUUGUUGACUUACUUAUACAAGAUUUAGAGAUUUUGUCAAUGGUUUGAGAUACAUCUUCUUGACUGUCCUGUUUGUUUAGUUUCAUUGCAAUUAGAUGCUUGAUUUGUUGUAUAGUCCAAUUUGUUUUUCUCUUUUCUUGAAUCUGGUCUUACAUUAAAUGGUAAUUCGCUUACUGGUGUCAUAUCGUUAAUAGUUCUGCCAAGUUUGUCAAGUUCCUUGCCAAUAGUGUAAAGUUUACGCGGGUUAGGAGUUAAAUCAUUACCAUCUCCUUUGCG